AAGUCACCAUCAAUCCGGUUUCCUCUUGUGCGUUUUUGAGGCAGGUGGAUGCAAAGAACUGACGUUUGUUAGCUAGCAGCACAGACAAUAAUGGCAUCUUAAAUCCCCCCCCACCACAACUGUUAGUUACGUCUGUUUUAUAGUAUAUAAAUAAUCCUUAGUAUUAAAAGAGAAAGAAAUGACGACCACUACGACAUUUCAAGGGAUGGAGCCCGGCGCUAAAAACAGUUCCAGGGUUCUGCGCCCGCCUGGUGGCGGCUCCAACAUUACACUCGGCGCAGAUGAAGAGAAGCCACCCGUCCGGAAAAACAAGAUGGCAUCCAGUGUUUUUGCUGAGCCGGAAGACCCAUAUGCCAAUCGAAGGAACAACCCCCCAGGUGGGAAGCCCACAGGCGUUCUGUGCGGUGAACCAUCCGCUCCCCUGAGAAGAGGCGUCAACCAGGGCAUCAAUCAUACCGGAGAGGCUUUUGGCAAUGAUGGAGAGAAUGCUGCACGUGAUGCUGAUCUGUGUUCAGAAAGCCGAAGUGCAGAGAGUGACGCUGGACCGGAGCAGCUGGAGGAGCCUCCACCAGCGGAAGACGCUGCUGCAGGUGCAGGAUCUGGCCGCAGAAAUCCCCCUGGAGGCAAGUCCAGCCUCAUCCUGGGCUGAAACUCCCCCAAACUUCCUUUAGCACCCGUCAUCUCUGAACUUUUCUUUUUUUUUUCUUUGUCCCCAAAAACAAGCGUUCCUCUCUGUCUUACCGCAGUAACCCUCUGAUGUCUGGCAGAAACCAGUUUCCUCCAUAACCCCAAGUGCAUUGUUUUGAUACCUCUUUUUUGGAAACCGUUUUGUACUGUUUUUAUUCUUUCAUUUGACCAAAGCACUUUAUGUAUUCCUAAUAAAAUGGUUCAAAGUUUGCCUUUUCUCCUGACGUAAACCCCGGGUCUCGCCAAACUGUGACGCAGAGCGAAUGUGAAGCAGUGCUGCUUUAAUUGAAACAAUUCAAAUGAGUCAGAGAAGACUGAGCUGCUUUUAUUCUGCGGGAGAACUGCAGCUAAUGUACUCAGUUUGAAAACACAAAGGCUAGCUUCAUUUUUUCUCCCAAAACCCUUAAAACUCAAACUAUUUCCCCUAAAAUUUAUAAAUUCAAUUAGCCUUAACAGGUGAACUCACUUAUUGUAGAAUUUUGAAUUGGGUGGAGUUGUAGACUUUGCUACUGUACUUUUUUUUUUUUUUUUUUAUAACCCAAAUCUGUUCUGAUGAAGCCGACUCGAUUUCAUGCUGUGUCUCACACACUCCGCACAUGCGUUUGGCGGGAACCCGGCUUAUACACCUGCCAAGAAGGUUGGAAAGGUUCAGAAUUCUGUAACAGAUUUUCAGAAAUGCCCCCGAAAGAGCUGCAAGUCGUUUUUUUCGUGCAGUUCAAACAACACAAGCAAAAGUAGAAAAGUUUGCUUUGUGCAAGUAUUUAAUUUUGACAUCGCAUGCAUGUCUGCUCAGUAUGAAUGUGCAAAAAAAAAGACAAAAAAACAAAGCAGAACUGUGACUUUCUUCUUAUUUAACUUGUUUUAUUUUGUGGACUAAUUGUACUGUUGCAUGAAGCGGAAACGUUUUUCUGUCUUGCUAAUCUGAAUGAAGGCUACAUCAUUUCUUGAAGACGUAAACAGUGUUCAGACCAGUACUGCAAGUGGACGAUUGAGUGUUUCGGUCACUAAUUUGACAUUGUAGUGCCAUCGCCGUUUUCAAACGGCUCAUGUGUUUCUAGGUAGAGUUCUCUAAAGCACACGUGCUUGGAAAAAGACGAGGAACAUUUCAGCGGAAUGUUGUUGGUCCCUUGUGUUUCUGGUAAACUCUUAUUGGAUCUAACAAGUGACCUUAAUGACAGCCCAGCCUACUUUCCUCUUUUCCCCAAACACAUUUGAUAAACUUGCAUCGGAAAAUCUUAAAAACAUCUUUUUGUACGUUUUUUUAUUUUAUUUUUAUGUGUGUGACUCUUUAAGCCAAAACUCCUCUGCCCUCUGUUCUGUUGAAUCCUGAUUCACACAGAAGCCGUCACUCCAAGAUAAUCCAGAAAAGAUUCCUGGUGCAUCCUGUUUUUUCCUGUGGUGUUUUAUCAUGGUCUCUUUUUUUAUUCAUGUAAGAUGUGUCUGUUUGCAUUUAUUCCAUGUCCAGUUGCUGGAUGUAAGUCAAAAAAGAACAAAAAACAAAACAAUCUGACAUGGAAAGAUGGCACAAAUAUGGAAAUAAAAUCUGUUUUCAUCAAGA